AUGCGAAUGUGCGAGGCAAUCAGCUCACCCCAACGGCGCCAGGGCAGGACGCGGGACCAUAAGGCCAUGCACCACUUCGCCGCAGUAGGAGAGGCCCAUGCUCUUGAAACUGGUCUCAUCUCGGCCACGAUGAAGGCACCCCAGAUCCUUCAUAUACCGGAGUAUAGGCUGAAAGAUGGAGACCAAUGCCCAAGCCAAGGACGGUACAAUCCACUUAGAUCCCAGGCAGUAGACGACAUGGUCGAGAACAUCAGCGGCGAGAUCCAGUCCCGCGUGCCGAAGCAGCUCAUCGUCUUCAAGCCGAUCCUAAAGCAGGGAUUCGAAGGUCAGCUCAACUUCCACUACCCCGGCAACGGCCAACUCAAGUUCGGCAGAAGCGUCUUCAACGAGCGCGGCGACUUCAUUGCCUCUAUGGAUUACGCAGAGUACGCCAAUCUCCCUUCUCCCCCGUCUGGUGACUAUGCCUCCGUCAAGGGCAUCAACACGACCGAGAAGACGCAAUACUUCUCCAAUGUGCGGCUUAAUUACAGCGGCAACGCGCGGUGCAAGUACAUGCUGUUCCGGACGGUACAGUUCAUGCUGAGGGGCAUCAACACGGACCAGGACGCCGUGCAGUUCAGCGUGGUGACGUCCGAGGGGGUCACGAAGCUCAAGAACCCGCAGCUCCAGCCGCUGAAGCUGAGCCUGCAAUCGGCCACGUGCACUGUGCUUCCCAACCCUGAAGACGGCAGCCUCAUCGCCGUGCCCCUCGGGACCUCGUGGGUCUCCGUCACCGUCACAGCAAAGGGCGUCAGCGGUUCCAAGGGAUCGAAAAACCGCUACUCCGGCACCAUUGCUAGGCUUAGAGCGAGAGUGCCGUUCAAACUUGAGUGA